CAAAGCAGAUAUUCAGAACCAGCACGUCUUCAGCUAUCUAUUGAUAACAAAAUAUUUCUAUUCCGGCACCAAAUUCAAUAAAUAUGAGCGACAUGUUCUCCAUCACAAUGUUCCAUCACAAUGCUCCAUCAAAAUGUUCCUCAAACGCUACUCUAUGUAUUCUAAAAUCGCAAAAUCUCGCAUAUUUUCCAAGGAGGUUUUAUAGAUUUUCCAAAAUCCCAAGAGGUUUUCGCGUAUUUCACAUUUUUCUCUCUCACCAAAGCACUUUUUGGCACAAAUAAUGCCAUAUUCGGAAUCACCAUGAAAAACUACGUCGAAUGAUAUAUAGCUUUUUAAUUUUUCUGCAGAAAUCUUUUCGAUCAAAUUGAAUUAUAGACUUGAAAGCUUGUCCGCAGCAAAUUUUGCUUAGGAAUUUGGAUAUUUAUUUUAGCAAUAGUACGCAAGUGUAUAAACACAUUUUUUAUAGGUUUUCGAAUAUGAUCUCUCCAAUAGUGAUAUUACUUCUGAGUUCUGAAAAUCUCAUCAUUAGAAAGAGCAUAUUCGAAAACCAAUAGAAAAACAUGUUUAUAGGCUUUCAUACCAGUUCUACAGCAUAUGUCCGCCUGCUCUAUAGAAAAAUGCUCACUAGAUAUCUAGUGGCUGUAUUGAGUCUUAGUGGAUGUUAGUGUAUUUCACAAAUACUUUUGAAUUACAUCUUAUUUCAUAAAUGAUACGAACUAAAAAAAUCCUCAUCAGAAAAACAGUCAUUUUAUGGCUGUUUCAGACAUUAGUACUAUAUUUCGAACAAAUAAAAAGUUUUCGAACUAGAAGAAGUCUGAACUUGAAGCCUGGUGGUAAUGAAUGCUGUUGAGAUAUUAUUCGUUUCAAAUAUUAUUGUUCUUUUUUCAGAAAGGAUCGGAAUUAGAAUUUUACCCAUAAUCUUAUCGUGGAGGAUAUAGAUUUUUCACAAUCCGUAAGUAAAAACAUUUAAUAAAAACAGAUUUAAGUAUGUUUUGUUCGUUUUUAUUUAUUUCAACAGCUCACUUGCCUUAUAUCUUCAACCGGUGGAAAUUAGUAAAUAAUCAUGGAAUCUGGACAUUAAAUAUGGUAAGUACUUUUCUUUCUCCGCUUAGCUGCUGCCAUUGAUAUGUAAACAUUCAAGAUUAGAAAAAAAAGUAAAGAAAAAAAAAUAAUACAUUUUUUUAUUAUUGUUUGUCUUAAAAGUAAAUUUAACAUUUUGAUACAAAGUUUUAUUUGGUGGGUCUUCCACAUUGUGCAUAGAGUUAUGUUUACCGUAUUGAAAUCAAUCGAUAAUUUAUUGGAAAAAUUCAAUGAAUUAUCUCAACGCCAUCAAAACUUGAUUAAAGCAUUUAAAUCUGAUUUACCAGAUGUUGAUAGUCCAUUGCGUGAUAUUACGCGUGACGAAGAGAUACAUGUUGUUCAAGACAUACCAACAGCAUUUGUUCAUAUCGAUAGUACGGAUGAUUUUAUGCAACUGGCGAAAAAACCAAAAAGUAGUAUACAAAUAACUCCACCCAACUAUACUCUGAUAUCAACAACAUUGAAUGAUACUAGCAUGAGACGUAUAUCAUCUGAAAAAUCGUCAACAAUAGAUGCUGAGAUCAUUCAGUAUCCAACUAUUAUUAAACCAACAAAAAAAUUAGCACCAUUACCUAGUUUUGCAUUGAUUCAAUCAGCUGCUACGUCAAGACGUCGAAACUUACCCAAAAAUACGACUGUGCCACCAAUUCUGAUCAAACCAACAACACCCAAAAUGAAACUACCACACUUUCAAGCUGGUGGCGUUUAUCGUUCCGAAGUACUUUCACCUGUCUUACCACGUCAUAUAAUUCAUAAUGCAGUAAUAGCAGCAACUAUAAAUCACCUAGCUCGACAUGAAAAUUCAAAACACAGACGACAAUUACCCAGUCCAAGACCGUUUCUUGUUAAACAACGACAUCCAUUUUGUCACACAAAGCCGACAGUACCUUCAGCGCAAGUGAAACGUCCCACAACAGCGUCAAUUUCGAGACCACAAAAAAAGACCAAAGUUGAAAUAACGAUAGUACGCACAAAAAAGAUUAUGGAUAAUUUUCGAUCAAGCAUAUCAGCAUCAUCCGCACGAACAAUAUUGAAUACACCAAGAAUCAUAUCGGCAAAAUCCUCAUAA